AUGGCUGAUUAUCAUUUCGGUAUCGAGAUUGAAGUCAUUGUCGGACCUCACAAGGUUCGGACACCACUUAGCUCCAAGCAUGCUUUGUACUAUGGCAAACUGGCCGCGUCUUUACGAAAGCGAGGUCUAAAGGCCAAGGCAGACGAUCUGCAACAAGGCUACACCAAAAGACCGGAACACUACGACAAAUGGUGGAUCACCAAGGACGGGUCUCUUGGGUCCCAUAUCGACAAGAUACCAAUGGAGGCUGUGUCCCCGGUCCUCAGCCUAAGGGCAAACUGGGAAAAUGAAAUCGAUGUCUUCUGGACCGCAAUGCGUGUUGUCUUCCACAUGCCCGAUCGAUCACUUCUUUGUGGAAGUCAUAUCCAUGUUUCCAAAGGUCUCAAUCAAACCUUCUCUCUUCCGCAAUUCAAGAAGAUCGCAUUCGGCGUUGUCUAUUACGAGGGUCUCAUUCUCAAGCUCCUCAUGCGUGAACGAGCCAACAACCGAUACUGCAAGCAGAAUACUCUGAACUCGACACAGCUGAUGCGUUGCAAUGGCAACUACAACGCUGUAGCGGAGUUGAUCAAGAGUGCAAAUAGCACAACGGCCUUGAAGAAUAUCAUGCAGAACGAUAGGUACGUUCUGUGGAAUUUCGACAACAUCGUCCCCGGGAGCUCUGGAACCAUCGAGUUUAGAGGCGGGAGGUGCCUCAGGGGAGAGAUCAGAACCAAACGAUGGAUUGCUUUCACAAUUGCCUUGAUCCAAGCUCUACUCAGCAUGAAUAACAUCGCGAACCCCAAUAUUUCGACUCUAGAGUCAUGGACACCGGAGGGUCUGUACAAUAUGAUCAAGAAAGCCGCCAGUCAGCUCUCUUUGAGAGACUCUUUGCCAGAAGACUGGAAGGUCUUGAAUGAAUCCCAGAGAUGA